GUGCUUGGCGGCUAUUCAAGUAAGCGACUGAUCUGUUUUAAAACACUGGAUAAAGGAAGUGACACAACAGUCACGAAUACAGAAAGGUACAUUCGAGUCAUACGACGCCGUGGGUGGAUCCCAACGAGGAAGUAAAGUCUUGAUUGUGGCAGCCAUAGCUAGGUUUGUACCUUUAGGUACCUGGAAAGGAGAUACCUGUCGACCGGGACUUGAUUUCUAAAGUUAAGCAAUUCGUGUCAAGCCUGCUUGUGAAGACACUCAUAUUGUGAUGAAAGAACUGUUUCAAGAUUCUGUUUGCUUUGAUCGGUCUCUGGUGAAUGACAGCCUUUCGGGCUGUGAGAGGCGGGAUACAAGAGUUGAAGAACGGCUGUUUCUGUUGUUUCUUACAUGAAACCUGGAAAAUCAACUACGUGUCUGUGUUCGUCUGGAAAGAGUUCCAUCUGUAGAGUUGACACGAGCAGUUUGGAGAGGCUUUACCGUUAAGUAAUUUGGCUUUUCAAAAUUGAAGUGAUUCCAACAUUUUGGUCCGUAGCGACACUACACUGUUUGCUCCAUGCCAAGACCAACUGUUCAGAGGUAUACAAGACAGUGACAGACUGGUCUCAAACUUGAGGUCUAGAUUCUCAUGUCUGCUUUUACCCAAGUCAUGGGAGGUGGGACUUUGAGUGUGAUGUUCCUCUUUUGUGUCAGCUUGGGUUGGAUUGUGGGCACAGCUACAGGAUCAGAACUGGCUCAUGGAGUAGACUGUGCCGGCCUCACAGAUCCUUGUCAAUCUGGACUAGCGUGUGUUGCAAACAAAAACUCUGUACAAAAAUGUCUGUGUGAUCCUAUUGGUAGUUCGUUCUGGGAUGGACUUUCCUGUCAAAGCGUUGGCAAUAUUACAGUGCAGCCAAAGGUUAGCUCAAGGGGCACUUCCUGGAUAGACUUCAUCUGGACGACGGGCACAGCACUUGUAGAUAACUACCAGGUCGUCACUCAGUCCGAUCCACAGUCUUGCUUACAAGCACAGGACAGCAAAACUGUGCCUGGGACCUCCACUGGUGUUUCAAUUAUAGGGCUCAAACCUGGGGUGAAAUAUUUGUCCACUCUUACCCUGGUACUCUUCUCAACAGCUGACUAUCCACAGAGAUCAAAAGUUGUCAAUUUACCUGAUGCCUGGACAAAGCCUGCCCCGCCUAGAGCAGUGAUUCCUGGAAGCAGUACCCUCUCAGUGCCGCGUACUGUCCUCAAGUUUGGACCUCCUGAUGGCUGUGUCGCUUAUUAUUACGUGAUAGUGAUAAGGCAACAUACACUACUUAAAGGCAAAAGAAUGACUAGCGAGACACUGGUCAUUGACAAUCUGACUGAACAUACUUCCUAUGUCUAUAGCAUUGCAGCCUACAAUGGUGACAAUGAUAUAAGUGUCCAAAUGACAAGAAAUUUUACAACAGCAGCUACAGCACCAGGUUCUGUAGAUGCUUUAAGCUAUCAGCAUUCUUCAGUCACUGCUACUGGCGUUGUGGUGAGCUGGGGAAGGCCGUCACAACCUAACGGCGAUCUAAAAGGAUACAAAGUUUGGGUGACAACAGGCGGGCAGUGCGUUAAACAAUUCCGUGUGCAGUGUCCGGACUGUGAUGUUUCUGAGUGUCAACCCCCAGUGCAUUCAUCUCCUGUGAGUCAAUAUCACAGUACAGAUCUUGGUGUUUACCAAGGGUCCUUUGAGGUGUCAGUGACAGACUUGCUCCCGUACACAGACUACAUUGUACUUGUCCGUGCUUAUAAUUCAGAGGCUGGUGGUGGUGCCAACAAAGAGGUAUACUUCAAGACAAGCCAAGCUGCCGCAAGCCCUGUGACAAAAGUUGAACUGGAAAGUCUCCCCUUGACCCCUCAGGGAAGGCUGGACCUGAGUGUUAGCUGGGUCCCAGGUUAUCGGAACGGGGAAACUAACUUCACUGUUGUGAUCAAGGAAAAAGAAAAUCUCACCUCAGGAAACUUUAUUGAGAAACAAACCCGCACGUUUAGAGAUACAUCUGGCGUUACCUCUGACCUUCUGAAGAACGUGCUUGGCCACUGGGUCUAUCAAGUGACCGUUGAAGCCAAAACCAACGUGGGUGAUGCUGCUGUAUCAAUUCCACAGACCAUUACAACAUUAUACAAACACCCAGGACCUGUUACUGCUCUGACGUUGACAAAGAGUGCCCAGGUGGCCUCUGACGUUUCCCUGAGCUUUGGAUGUCCCGAGGAAAGAGAAAGAAAUGGCGUCAUUAUAGGCUUUUACAUUUCAAAGUGGGACGGCGCUUUGGACCCAGUUGUUCAGUUUGCUCCAGCGACUUCCUGCGACAGUGUGUUCCGGCCACCUGUACAAGUGGUUGUUGGGGAGAGUCAAACACAUUACACAUUCAAGGUGAUGGCUUCAAAUGGACAGUAUAACAGCAGCUAUGUGACGUCAGAAAUUGUGAUAAGCCCCCUACUCCCGGAAGUGAGUGAAUAUACGGCUACAGAUUUCACAGCAGAGUCGUCUGGCAGCAAGACCACCCUGACGUCUUUCCCAGUGAUUGUGUGUUCGUCUUGUCUCAAAGAUUUGAACAGCAGACAGGGAACUUUGACGGAAGUUGUUCUCGUCGUCUGUAAGAAUAAGUGUGGAGGCUCUGGGGCAGACCGGAGAAAGCGGGCAGUGGAUGUGGACAGUUUGAAGACAUGGGCCGAGGCUAAGAAGGAAGGAUUUACCGGCAUGUACCGAGCCACUCCACGGGGCUGGCACCAGGAUCUGUUAAGAACGCCAGGGAGGCAAUACGUAUUCACAGUUGGGGAGGAUAACUCUUGUUCUGAUACCGGCACUGACUUCUGCAAUGGCCCACUUCCUGCCGGACAACAGUAUCA